GCGUCACUACUGAAAGUAAUAUUUGCACUAAUAAAUAAUUACGAAUUUCCACUCCAUCUGUAGCGAGAAAAAAAAUUCAAUCCCCAAAGGACGAUUUCGUUCCGUCGGGGAAGAAAAUCUACUGCUUGAUUGCCGUAAUUUCUGAUGCGUAGCUUCGGCGAGGUUUGAAUGGCCGUGCGCAGGUUUGCGAUCACGGCAUUGUAUUGGGGAUUAGGGAAUUGAUUCGAAAUUCAAGUAGAGCGGUUGUGGUGUAUUGUGUUUGGAUGAAAUGGAGGAAUUUCCUGGGGCUUUAGGGACGAGCGGCAGCCUGGCUUUGAGAUUAGGGCAGGCCAUUUUUGCGGUUGCUUCGUUGUUCUUCAUGUGUUUGGAUGGUGAUUUCUAUGGCUAUAGUGUAUUCUGCUUUUUGGUGACAGUAAUGGCAUUGGUGGUUCCAUGGAGCUUGACUUUAGCAAUGGUGGAUGGAUUCUCAAUUUUCGUUAAACCUCCUGCUCGACAGCCUGGCAUACUCCCGAUUGUCGUCAUAGGAGAUUGGGUCCUCUCAUUUCUGUCGCUUGCAGCCUCAAGUUCAACGGCAAGCGUGACGAGCCUCAUGCUAGCCUCUCACGGCUACUGCAAUGGAAAGGUUUGCGCUCGAUACCAGCUGUCGGCGGCCAUGGCGCUGCUGUCCUGGUUUCUCUCAUUGUCGUCCUCCCUCUUCAACCUCUGGCUGUUCCCAUCUGUGUAGGUAGUUCAGCUGAGCUUAACAUACAUAUACUAACUACAUUGUAGAUUCAUUAGUACAGAGGGAGGGGUUAUGAGUAAUGGGCCUUUAUUGGGCUUGGGCCCUGUUACAGAAAUAAAUAAAUAAAUGGAGAUCAUAUAAUUGAAUUGAAUUGAAUUGUCUGAGAAUCGUGGGAUGCAGAAUCUGGGAGUGUAGUGUAGUUGAGGUGCAGGGGAUUUACAAUUACAGCACGACGUCGUAUUGCCGGUUGGUUAGGGUAGCCUCUGCCAUUGUCAAUUUGCAUGAAUGAUUGUGCACGUGCAGAUCACACGAUGCGAUACGAGACAGGACAAGACGACC